CGCGCGCCAGCGUAGUAGGAACUAGUGUGCUGGCCGGACGUUCACGCUCUAUGCUGCAGCAUCCUCGGGAGAUGAACGGGACGGGGAGUUGGUGUUCCCUGGUGGACGUACACCCAGGGGAGCGGACCGAGGCGGGCAGGAAGACCUAUGCCAUGGUGUCCAGCUGCUCAACCAGCCAUUCUCUGGCCUCAGAACUCAUGGAGUCCAAUGAUGGGCAUGAAGAGAUCAUUAAGGUGUACUUGAAGGGGAGGUCUGGAGACAAGGUGAUUCAUGAAAAGAAUAUUAACCAGCUGAAGAGUGAAGUUCAGUAUAUCCAGGAGGCCAGGAACUGCCUACAGAAGCUCCGGGAGGAUAUAAGUAGCAAGCUUGACAGAGAUCCCGGAGAUUCUCUCCAUGGACAGGACACACAGGUAGACGCCUCCACAGAUGGGGAUGUUGAGAGUCUAAGGAAGACUGUGCGGGACUUGCUUCGUAAGCUUCAGGAGGCUGAGUGGCAGCACCAGUCAGACCGUAUGGAUUUUGAGGUCACACUGAGCCGGUACCAGAGAGAAGCAGAACAGAGUCACGUGGCUCUUCAGAGAACAGAGGGCAGAGUGGAGCAGAAAGAGGCUGAAGUUGGGGAGCUGCAGAGGCGCUUGCUAGGCAUGCAGAUGGAACAGCAGGCCUUACUGGUGAAGGUCAGAGAAGGGGAGACAGCCCUGGAGGAACUCCAGAGUGAGAAUGCUGACUGCAGAGCAGAACAAGAAAAGGCUGCUAACCUGGAAAAGGAAGUGGCUGGCUUGCGAGAGAAGAUCCACCAUUUGGAUGACAUGCUUAAGAGCCAGCAGCGGAAAGUCCGGCAAAUGAUAGAGCAGCUCCAGAAUUCAAAAACUGUGAUCCAGUCAAAGGAUACCACCAUCCAGGAGCUCAAGGAGAAAAUUGCCUACCUGGAAGCAGAGAAUUUAGAGAUGCAUGACCGUAUGGAACACCUGAUAGAAAAACAAAUCAGUCAUGGCAACUUCAGCACCCAGACCUGGGCCAAGACAGAGAACCUGGGCAGCAUUAGGAUAGCCAAGCCCCCCAGCCCUAAGCCCAUGCCUCUCAUCCGAGUGGUGGAAACAUGAGCUGAAGGAGAGGGACAUCGCCGUUUGCUGCCGCCUCUCGCCUGUGGAGGAGCCCGCCUCCCCUGGAGGCUAUCAGCACCGACUUGAUUUGCUUACCCAUCCCUGGCUGCACUCGGGGCUUGGGGCUCGUAUGUCCUCGCUUCCAAACUCCUGUCCUCUGUGUGCCGGGUGGAUGGAGGAUGAGCACUUCCCCUGGACGCUGCAGCCUUGUGGGGGGUGUUGUCCUGUGGGCAGGAGCUAGGGCAGCAUCCUUAUUCUCAUAGUUAGUAGUUUUCUCUGUAGCAGAGCCCCCUUCCUGUUGCAGCCUGGAGUUCAGCGGCCCCAGAAUCCAGGCCCUCGUCGGGUUGGGAGAGAAGACGAGAUGUGUCUCAGCCCUAGAAGCUGGAGGCACAGGUGUCCACAGUGAUUGAAGAAUGUCCUGGAGGAGUUGAGUUCCUUCCACAAACACAGCUCAGUUCUUAGCAGCACAUUUUGUUUUUCUACUUGCUUCACCCUCAGCCCAUGCUGACCCGGACCUCCUACUGAUAGGACAGUGGGGCCACCUGUCACGGCCUGGUCAGAGUCAGCAAGCCUCAGUUUGGACUGACCAGCUCUGUCUUCCUGGGGAGAAGGGAAUGUACAAUCAGGGAGUAGCUUUUAGUAGAAAGAUUCUGUUGGGCCACAGACAGUUAGGUGUGACUUCUCUCUGCUGUGAAGACUUCCAGGAUCUCUUAGGGUUUUCCCCUGAGAUGCAAUGCAAGGUUCACCUCGAUUUUCUUGACUCAGAACCUAAAAACUCUUUUCACUGGGUUACAUCCAUCUCGGUGAAACUCUCAUUGUAUUUAUUUUGCUAAGUUAUUGGUGUUUUUGCUUAUAUCUCACAACUGAAUUAAUACCGGAGUUCUACAACCUUCUCUCAGUGUUUGGAUUUGCUCUAUACUGGGAAAAGUGUAUUCCCACUAGACUGGUUGACUUCAGAAGUAAACCUUUUUUUUUCUUUCCUCUAUCUGCUUCUUUCCUUUCCUCCUCCACCUCCUCCAAACCUGAUCUGUACCUCUGGAAGGUACAGAUGCCCUGAGGCAUUGGGUCUGAGUGUAUAUGGUUUGGAGGGAGAGGAUAAUCAAGAAUCUUGGGGAGGGAUGGGAUUCUUCCCCUAAAUCCUCUGCACCCCUCUGCUCCAUAGUGAUCUGCUAUCCUGGCUCUGGAUGACCCUGCCACUAAUCAUAUUUUCUUCAGGCCUCUGUCUGCAGCCUCAAGAAGGAGAUAAGCAUCAGAAUGUGAUACUAUGGGACACAGAAAAAUAAAAAAUAAAUAUGGAUUAAGUCUUUAGGUUCUACUUGGCUCAAAACCAUAAGGUUUAAGUCUGUGUGUUUCUGUGUAUGAGGACUGGACUCAUGUGCUGGCUCUCUCCAUGAUGGUAUACUGGUGGCCUUCAUUCCAUCUUCUUACCUGUAAAACAAGAAGGUCAGACCAGAUCAUCUCCACGGGCCCUUUCAGUUCAGAUAUUUUUUCCUGCGGCAUGUUCUUUGUGUGGUGAAUUUAAUAAAUUAUGUUAAUGUGUCCC